AUGACCCCAACGACGUCGUCGAGAGCGAAUCGGGAUCUGCAGCUCCAGUCGUCUAUAUCAUCCUCCCUCUCCGCUCUGAUCUCCGAUCUCCAGGACCACCACAACGGCAGCCACGCCGCCGCCGCCGCCGAUAGCUCCGGCGCUGUCACCAUGGACUACCUCCUCAAGAACAUCUACUCCGACGACAGUCCCGCCACUGCCGACCCCUCGCUAUUCAACCACGGCGGGGUGUCACUGCCGGGCGGGGGCGGCGCCAGAGUCGGGACGACGGUGGAUGAGGUGUGGAAAGAGAUCGUGGCGGGGAGCGACCGGGCAAGCGGCAUGUUAGAGGAGGAGCUGACUCUAGAUGAUUUCCUGAUGAAGAACGAGGCUGUGAGGGAAGAGGACGUGAGGAUUGGUGGUGGUGGUGGUGGUGGGGGAGCAGGGGGUUACUGCGGGGACGCGGCGGGGGAUUUGAACGGGCAUUUGAUUCAGGUGGGGGGGACGGUGGGCGUGGGCGUGGGCGACGGCGUUAGUAACAACAAUGGCGGAAUUGUGGGGAGAUUGAUGGUCGGGAGAGGGAAGAGGAGGGCCGUGGAGGAGCCGGUGGAUAAGGCCACGCAGCAGAAGCAGAGGAGGAUUGUCGACGAGGUCCCGAGAACGCAAGCAGAUCUGCCCUUGCUCGACAAGCUUCCACACCUUUUGGUCAUGGAGGAGGGAAUCCAGACUCCCAGCAUCGUCAUCGUCGGCAACCGGUCUUCCGACAAGUCGAGUGUCCUCGAGUCCUUCGCUAGCAUCAACCUGCCAUGA